AUGGAUCCGUUCAACAACCCGGAGAACCCGAACACUCCGAACAACCCGAAUACUCCCAACAAUCCGACCCAACCUAAUGUUUUUUUGGUUCCGGGAUAUUAUCCAACGCUAGAACCGAACCAAUUCUCGCAAUAUUCGUCAAACGCGUUUGCUUCAUUCCAACACUCGCCAAACCAAUUCGCUCAAAUCUCCCAAAAUCAAGCCCUUCAACAAAUGAUGAUGCGGGGUGCUUGGAACUUCCCACCCGUUCAACCUCAACCGAUCCCCACACCACCCGUUCAACCUCAACCGAUGCCGACCCAAUCCGAACCCGAAGACGAUGUUCCCGAAACCCAACCACCUAAAGGGAAAGGAAAACGAAACAAAGGCAAGCAAGUGGUGGGUGAUCAACCGUCGAAACCGAAGGCGACUAAGUGGACACCAAUCGAAGAAGAAGCCUUAGCCAAGGCUUUCAUUGGCACUUCUGACAACCCGUUAAAAGUUCGUUUUUAG